AUCGACAAACCCAGAAGACACAGCUGAUGCCACAAGUGUGAAACAAUGGCACUCGUAACACCUGUGCCAUUACUUCUAUCUCUUGUUCUAGUCCUCUGCUAUCCCAGUACACCUCUAGGCACAUUGAAAAACUAAGAUUCUUCAGUUGCAGAGACCGUGCAACAUGCGAGUGUUUUCUAUUUUGCAUCUUCUCUUCCUUUUACUUGCAAUGGUGCUGAGCCUGCACCUCGUGGCGGCCGACCCCGUUCCCGACCCGGGGCCACCGAUCGAAUUAAACCUGGAGAUUCCCGAUGGCGUCGAUGUCAUGGAAAAGGACCAACCGGACACCGCAGACGACUCAUCCGCAGAGUUCGAGAGUUAUUAUAGCGCAAUGGUCACUCUUGUCGUCAUGAACGUUCUCGUGUAUUCCUCCGCCGCCGUCAUGCAUUUUCACUCCUCCCGGCAGUUCACUCUUCGUCAUCUCAUUCCCUCUCAGUCUCCUCGUGCGCCUCCGUUUCCGUCCCUUCCUCCCCCGGCUCUCCCUCACGAGGUCCUACCCCAGCAGAACCCCCGCGCCAAGGUCGUGCGCUGGGACUCCAUCAACUCCCUCUACAUCAGCGCUGCCGGUUGGGAGGACGAGGAGCACGUCUACGAUGAGUGGAAUGACGGUGCCGACAAGGCGACUGAUACAUCC